AUAAACCAAUAUUUUAGUGUAGUCCUGAAUUAUGAGUGAUUGUUGAAAUUACGUGUAUAUUAAUUAAUUCAUUAAGCAGCGUAUUUUGAAUUCUUGAUAUUGAAGCAAAUAGUUUAAAGUGAUAAAUCGUUGAAGUGUAUGAGACUAUUGCAGAUCAUUACCAUCAUUGUAAUCACUCACAGCAUCAUAAAUUGAAUCGGGCGAAAAGUCUGCCUAGUCCAAAAAACAGUGCGAUAAAAAUAUUUUUAAGAAAUAUUUUAUAAAGAACCAAUGAAACAAAAAAGCAAUAUAAAUAAAUUGUAAUUCUACAAAGCCAUCGGAUAACUUCGUAUAAAAAACAUCAUAUUAAAAUUGCAAAAACCGAAACUAAAUUUGUCCAAAAACCUAUAUAAGCAAACCUUUAAGUGCAAAUAUAAAAACUUCGUUUAUUGCAACGUCUGCAACAAAAAGUUGUUGCAAAAAUACAACAAAAUUCCAACGGCUUACAAUUAAUUAUAAGUUAAAAUCGCAAUAUAUUCGGAAACGCGUUAGCAUAAAAAUAAAUCUCGAUGGGCACUAAUUCAGGAGCAACAACCGGCAUAAAUAAUAAACCCGUCGGUGCGGGUGGUGCAAGCGGUAGUAGCGUUGUUGGCGGUGGCGGCGCCAGUGGUGUAGGUGGCGUUGGCGGUGUUGGUGGUGUCGGAAACAACAGUUUGAGCGGUGUCGUCGGAGCUGGAGGGAUUGGCAUUAGUAAUAAUAGUACGCCCGGAACUGUAGGUCUUGGUACCGGAAGCAAUGGUAGUGAAGAUAGUGGCAAUGGUGGAGGUGGCGGGUCUACCGGCCAGAACAAUCAACAAACUACGCCACAAUAUACCAUACCAGGCAUUCUACACUUUAUACAGCAUGAAUGGUCCCGUUUCGAGUUAGAACGGUCUCAAUGGGAUGUUGAUAGAGCAGAAUUACAGGCGCGCAUAGCAAUGCUAUUGGGCGAACGAAAAUGUCUCGAAAGCCUCAAAUCAGAUCUGACACGACGCAUUAAAAUGUUAGAGUACGCUUUGCGACAAGAGCGUGCCAAAUUCUAUCGACUCAAAUAUGGUACUGAUCCGCCUCAAUUGAAUGAGUUGAAGCCACCAACUGAUGAUGCGGGUCUUGGUAGUGAAGUAGCACCUGAUUCGGAAGUACCAUACAGUUCAGUAUCGAAUACAACUUGGCGGCAAGGUAGACAAAUGCUACGACAGUAUUUGGCCGAAAUCGGUUACACAGAUAAUAUAAUCGAUGUACGUUCGAAUCGAGUGCGCUCAAUACUUGGUCUCAAUAACAACUCCGAACAGGAGGAGAAUGUCAGCCCCAAUAUAAAUGGCAAUGAGAAUAAUAAACGUACUGCGGAAUCAGAGGGUCGUCGCACACCAGCUAAAAAAGCACAACAAAAUGAUGCCAUAAUUUUGGAUACUGAGGCCGCGGUAAUGGCUAAUUUCGAAUUUCUUGGUACUACUGAAAUGUCUGAUGACGAUGAGAUUUCUGACGAUCUCGAAAUGGUCUCUGGCGAAAACGAUGAUACCGAUAUGAAAACAACAAAACGUAACAAAAGUAGCAAGGAUUUGAUAAGCGAAGAUCUUGAUGCCGAGGUUGGGGAGCAGCUUCUGAAUGAUAUAAAUCUAAUAACCGAAGGAUACUCAUCAUCGAAUACGACGGAACAAUUGAACAACACUGCUAACAAUGCAGCUGCCUCAGCCGCGGCCCGGCGCAAUCUCAUUACCGCCGUCACAGCCGGUGGCGAUGAAGAAGUUGACGCCUCACUCGGCCUUGGCGAGCUGGCACAAUUGACGGUGAACAACGAGGCGGAAAGUUCGUACGAUGCGAACGCUAAGGAUGGCACUGGUGGCGGUACUGGUAGCUACCGUAAAACUUGGAACGCUAAAUAUACGCUGCGUUCCCAUUUCGAUGGUGUACGUUCAUUGAUUUUCCACCCGGAAGAACCGGUGCUGAUCACUGCAUCUGAAGAUCACACACUCAAAUUGUGGAAUCUACAGAAAACGGUACAAGCCAAAAAGUCAGCUAGUCUCGAUGUGGAGCCACUAUACACGUUCCGUGCACAUACCGGACCCGUACUGUGUCUCGGCAUGUCCACCACCGGUGACGUUUGCUAUUCGGGCGGUUUGGAUGGUAAUAUUGAAUGCUGGCAGCUACCAUCGCCAAACAUCGAUCCCUAUGAUUGCUACGAUCCGGGCGUACAUUCAGGCACAUUAGAGGGUCACACAGACGCUGUGUGGGGACUGACUACGAUGCAUAGCAAUAUUGUGUCAUGCUCAGCCGAUGGCACCGUGAAACUCUGGUCGCCGUACACCAAGGAGCCGCUAUUGCGCACCUACACUGCUUCCGAGGCUGAAGGUACACCAUCAUCUGUGGAUUUCGUGCGCAAUGAAGUCGAUCACAUUGUGGUGGCGUAUAAUAGCGCUCAUUGUAUUGUGUAUGAUACGGAAACCGGCAAGCAGGUGGUCAAAUUGGAGGCUACACAGGAGAUGUCUGGCAAUACGGGGAAAUUCAUUAAUAAAGUGGUAUCGCAUCCGACGCUGCCUAUAACAAUCACUGCGCAUGAGGAUCGACAUAUACGCUUCUGGGAUAACGUUUCGGGUACGUUGAUACAUUCGAUGGUGGCACAUUUGGAACCGGUCACGUCGCUUGCUGUGGACGCGCAUGGCCUGUAUUUGCUAUCGGGCUCACACGAUUGCUCGAUACGACUUUGGAAUUUAGACAAUAAGACAUGUGUGCAGGAGAUCACAGCGCAUCGCAAGAAAUUCGAUGAGAGUAUAUUUGAUGUGGCGUUCCAUGCUACUAAGCCAUACAUCGCUAGCGCUGGGGCGGAUGGUUUGGCCAAGGUGUUUGUUUAAAUAUGCAUAUUUUGGCCUAAUCAAAAUCAUCAGCAAAACAACCACCACCACCACCAAACAACAACAACCCGCUAGAUAACAAACAUAUAUGUGUGUGUGCGUCAUUAAAAAAUGAUGGUGAAAGCAAUGAGUUGAGAAAAUUGAUUUUAAGAGGACCAUGCGACGUUGAUAAAAGCGACGAAGGAAGAGUAGCAGAGUAAUUUAGUAAAACACGACACGCUGUUAAGAGAGUUAAUGGAGCAGGAGGAUGUCAAAUAGCAAGCAAGCAGUUGAACGAUUGAAGAAUUGUAGUGCAAGUAGAGCUGUAGUUGGUUUAAAUUAACAAAA